UCCCGUCUGGUAGGCUCAACCCUGACCCCUCCUCCCUGUUGUCAAGUUGUUGUCAGUUGAGAAAUGGAUCGAAAUGGAUCGAAAGCGCAAAGAAGGUGCCCAGAAAAUUAGAGACAAGAAAGUCCAAAAGUUGGCAGAGGAUGCCUCAAAAUGUAGAAAGAUUACACAAAUGUUCUCUGCAACUGCUGCUAGUAGCAGUAACAGUAGCAGUAACGUUAACGUUAACGUUAGUCAGCAGCAACGCGAGUCGGACAGUGACACAGACUCAGAGUCAGUUGUGACAGUGGAGGAUAUAGCUAGCACUAAAGAGUUCCUCACUCCCUUGUUGGUACCUACACUGCUCUGAGUACUCGUGAGUACACUGCCGUCCUGUACCUUGACGGCGAGCCACUGGACUCCUACAGUAGCAGUGGCGUGGUCAGCAUGCCCCGUCGAGCCUGGAUGCGUGAAGUACCUGGCCGUUAUAUCUGGAACUCAACCAAAGGCCUAAAUAUGCAGCAAUGGGACAGAGGCAUGGCGGACAUCUUCAACCACACAGGACCUUACAUGAGUGCUGUGGUCCUGCAGGGGAGAUUUGGCUGUAGAAUCGAGCGGGAGCCUCAUGUGAGCGUUACAGAGGCCUUUGCUCAGUACGGAUUGAACGGAGAAGACUUCCUGUACUUCCAGCUCACCAGGCUUCAGUGGGUGGCUUCAGCAGAGUCCGCUCUCCCCAUUGCAAAGAAGUGGAACAGGGACCAGAACAACACCAUGGAAACUGAGAAAUACAUGAAGCACAUCUGUGUGUCUAGUCUUUUGCGCAGUUUGUUCAUGGAAGAAAAGGAGAGCCAGAAGACAUUUCAGCCCAAUGCUUCGGUGUUUGCCAAGCUGUCCCGGAACCCUGGGAAGGUUAUUCUGACCUGCCUGGUUUCAGGAUUUCGCUGCGGGAACACGACGGUGGAGCUUUAUCGGGAUGAAGACAUCUUGACUGAAGACGACGGCCUCUGGUCCUCUGGGAUCAGACCGAACGAGGACGGGACCUGCCAGCUGAGAAAGAGCCUGGACAUCUCUAACAGCACUGAGGCACCAUACAGCUGUGGAGUCCUCUCCACAAAUCUCACUGUCAAAUGGGAUGGGGUGAUAUGGGGCCUGGCUGAAACUAGACAAGACCAUAUCACUAGACGUCACGAUGUUCUUAUAGUGCCGUUUGCAGUGUUUCUUAUUUUCACACUGACACUAAGGUGCAGAAGGCACAGCUAUAUCAUGGGACGGAAGAGUCGGGAUGCCUCUGGAAUUCAUUGAUGCACAGAUGUAACCCAGAUUGAAUGAAACUCAGCUCCCUCACUGAAAUGUGACAAAAGAGUGACCAUGGCAGUGCACCUGAAGGUACGACUGGGGCCACAGACACCACAAGGAGACCGUGCACCUUCCUCGCUGGGUGGCUACGCGCGAUCGGUCUUCUGGGGUGACAAAGACAAAGGCCGCUUGUCCGGUCGCCUCGUCACCCUGAAGGAGCCGCCGUGGUGGAGGCAGCUGCUGGUACGCAAUGGCAGGGACGCGGGUACCCACCACGUCCUGCUGAAGCACAGCUCUCUCCCACGCCUUCGGCCUCCGGGGAGAACCUGAGAGCGAUAAACACCACAUGUUAGCAUGUCAGUCAGCAGAAAGUUACACAUCGCAGGGUUACGGCAUACAAGUUCUGCAUCGUGCCACCACUUACCACUGGGAGAGAGUGCGCUGGUUCAGCUCAAAGAGGCUGUGGCUUGGGCCUGUCCCUCCUCUUCUCUGCCGGCGGUGGCUGGAG